UCCCGGGCUCGCGGGUGGGGGUUGGGGGACUCCUCCCUGUACUUCCUUCCCUCCACCUCCUUGCACACCCCCAGGCUUCCCGGUCCCUUGUGCUCCUCCUCUUCGGGUUAGAGAUGGGUGGGUGGCUUUUCGUGGGCGGAGAAGUUUAGGGUUUUAGGGGCUCCCCCAUUCUAGGUCAUUGCCUCCUGCCCUCUUCCUUGGCCUGCGCUGACUGAGGUGUUCCUCUCGUGGGCGAGUCAGUACGACGGCUGGUGGCAUUGGUCCUAGAUCCUUUAGGUCUGUUUUAAGAUUAUUUAAAAGAAGAAUGAACUAUAAUCCUUGAAGAUAACUGGGCAGUUUUUUUUAAGUAUCAUUGUUGGUUGUAGAAGUUCAAGAGGAGUCAGAGGCUGUUCUUACUGGUGUGAGGAUUUAUACAAGUAUUCAGUUUUUCAACACAGACCAUCAUUUUUAGAGGAGAUACUCCUGCUGCCCCCAAUUUUGGUGUCCUUGGUGGCAAAAAUUAGAUUUGGUUGCAUCAUUUUGAUUUGUGUUUGAGUCUCAACACAAGUAAUGGCAUAAACUUUCCACGUGUUUUGCUUAAAACAAAUCAUUGCAUUGAAUCUGGACAUCUUGAAUUGAGAAACUGGUAACUUUAUUUUAAUACAUAUAGCUGAAGAAUUCAAGAAAACAAAAGCUUCCUCAGAGGUGUGCUUCUGAAAAUUAUAUUCUUUAUUAUUAGAGGCAAAGCAAGAAAUUUUAUAGCAUUUGUAGUGGAAUUAUACUAGAUUAUAAACAGAACCGAAACAAAGUUGCAAAAUCUAUUGAGUAAGGAGAUCUCUCUUUGGAAAUUUAAAUUUUCUGGGAGCAAGUUACCAUAAUCAUUUGUAUACAUUACUUUUCUCUCUUCAAAUAAGCAACUGAAUAAAAAUGCAAAUCUCAGGCUUAAUUAUUUAAAAGAAUAGCGAAGCAAUGGAAAACCUACAGACUAAUUUCUCCUUGGUUCAGGGCUCAAAUAAAAAACUGAAUGGGAUGGGAGAUGAUGGCAGCCCUCCAGCGAAGAAAAUGAUGAUAGACAUUCAUGCAAAUGGAAAAAUGAUAAACAAGGUGCCAACAGUUAAGAAGGAACACUUGGAUGACUACGGAGAUGUGCCAAUGGAAUCUGAUGGAGAGCAUGUCAAGCGAACAUGUGCUUCUGUGCCUGAACCUUUAAAUUUAAAUCCCAGUUUGAAACACACUUUGGCACAAUUCCAUUUAAGUAGUCAGAGCUCUCUGGGUGGCCCAGCAGCAUUUUCAGCUCGGUAUUCCCAAGAAAGCAUGUCACCUACUGUAUUUCUGCCUCUUCCAUCUCCUCAGGUUCUUCCUGGCCCACUGCUCAUCCCUUCCGAUAGCUCCACAGAACUCACCCAGACUGUGUUGGAAGGGGAAUCUAUUUCUUGUUUUCAAGUUGGAGGAGAAAAGAGACUUUGUUUGCCCCAAGUCUUAAAUUCUGUUCUCCGAGAAUUUUCACUCCAGCAAAUAAAUACAGUGUGUGAUGAAUUGUACAUAUAUUGUUCAAGGUGUACUUCAGACCAGCUUCAUAUUUUAAAGGUCCUGGGAAUACUCCCAUUCAAUGCCCCAUCCUGUGGGCUGAUCACAUUAACUGAUGCACAAAGAUUAUGUAAUGCUUUAUUGCGACCACGAACUUUUCCUCAAAAUGGUAGCAUACUUCCUGCUAAAAACUCAUUGGCCCAGUUAAAGGAAACUGGCAGUGCCUUUGAAGUGGAACAUGAAUGCUUGGGCAAAUGUCAGGGUCUGUUUGCACCCCAAUUUUAUGUUCAGCCUGAUGCUCCAUGUAUUCAGUGUCUGGAGUGCUGUGGAAUGUUUGCACCCCAGACAUUUGUAAUGCAUUCUCACAGAUCACCUGACAAAAGAACUUGCCACUGGGGCUUUGAAUCAGCCAAAUGGCAUUGCUAUCUUCAUGUGAACCAAAAAUAUUUAGGGACACCUGAAGAAAAGAAACUGAAGAUAAUUUUAGAAGAAAUGAAGGAGAAAUUUAGCAUGAGAAAUGGAAAGAGAAAUCAAUCUAAGGCAGAUGCACCACCAGGAAUGGAGUUACAGUCAUGGUAUCCUGUUAUAAAGCAGGAGGGUGACCAUGUUUCUCAGACACAUUCAUUUUUACAUCCCAGUUACUACUUAUACAUGUGUGAUAAAGUGGUUGCCCCCAAUGUGUCACUCACUUCUGCUGGAUCCCAGUCUAAAGAGAUCACAAAGACAGAAGCAAGUAAGUCCAUAUCAAGACAGUCGGAGAAGCCUCACGGUAGUAGUAAACACCACAAAACAGUGUCUUAUCCAGAUGUCUCCCUUGAGGAACAGGAGAAAAUGGAUUUAAAAACAAGUAGAGAAUUAUGUAGCCGUUUAGAUUCAUCAAUCUCAAAUAAUUCUGCAAGUAAAAAAAAGUCUGAGUCUACUGCUUGCAACUUAGUCAGAGACCCAGUCAAAGUGGGACUUGCCCAUGAUGCUGCAGCUUCAUCUCCACUUCUUGUCAAAGAUGUCAUUUGUGAGGAUGAUAAGGGAAAAAUCAUGGAAGAAGUAAUGAGAACUUAUGUCAAACAACAAGAAAAACUGAACUCAAUUUUGCAAAAGAAGCAACAACUUCAAAUGGAAGUGGAAAUGUUAAGUAGUUCAAAAGCAGUGAAGGAACUUACUGAAGAACAACAGAAUUUACAGAAAGAGCUUGAAUCUUUACAGAAUGAACAUGCUCAAAGAAUGGAAGAAUUUUAUGUUGAACAGAAAGACUUAGAGAAAAAGUUGGAGCAAGUAAUGAAGCAAAAAUGUACCUGUGACUCAAAUUUAGAAAAAGACAAAGAGGCUGAAUAUGCAGCACAGUUGGCAGAACUGAGACAGAGAUUGGACCAUGCUGAGGCUGAUAGGCAAGAACUCCAAGAUGAACUCAGACAGGAACGGGAAGCAAGACAGAAGUUAGAGAUGAUGAUAAAGGAGCUAAAGCUGCAAAUUUUGAAAUCAUCAAAGACUGCUAAAGAAUAGAAACUGUUAAAGAGACUCAUCUGUGUAUUAUUUACAGGUUUUUGUUUGUUUGUUUGUUGCUUGCUUUGGUAAUUGAUUUCUGAACAACUUAUCUGCAUGAAGAUAACUAGGCAUUCUAUCCAUUUGUAGAUUAGAGAAAGUGAAGAGAUUAUAUAUUAGUACAUAAAUUUUUACAUUUUCCAAAUGAAUGAAAAUGUUUGUUUCUUUGUAUUUUUUUUUUUAAUCAGCUUAGUAACAAUACUAUAUGGUUUCAACUAGUAGAUAAUCUGCCUAUAUUUCUAAUGCAAACUUAACAAUUGUGUACUUUUUAAAAGCUGCAGUAUGUGAUGGAAAAUAGCUGUGGUCAAUUUUGUUACCCAUAUUUCAGACUCAAUUUUAGAUACAACGUUUGCUUCAUAUUUCAAAUAUAUAAUAUAGAGCUACUCAAGGAGUUGAAUCUCCAUUUUUCUCAUUAAUACGACUCCUUUGUAAGUUGAUAUAGUAUACUCAUUAUUAUAUGCAAAAUUUACUUUUACUGUUCAGAUUGUGGAAUGAAUUUCCACCAGUUCUCUUUUUGAUGUCUUCUAAGAGGAAUUUCAUUGAGGUUAUAGCACACCCCAUGGGCACAGUGGGGAAGGAUAACAUGCAUUGUUAGGCAUUGCUGCUAAACACAAGAAGCAGCUGUAAUUUGUUUUUCAGUUUAAAUGUGGUUAUAUUUAGAAGUUUUUUUUAUACAGCAAUUUCAGAAAAAUAAAAUGUAAUAAUUUCUAAACUUUUGUUUAUGUUGUUAAUAGUGGUGUGAAAAUAUUAAUGUUCUUGAGAAAAACUGAUAGCAUUGAUGCACAUCAGUUUCUAUACAAUCUGUAAUCCUCCUGUACAGUUUUUAUAUGUAGUUGUGGGUCUUACUGAAAUUUAUAUAAUAGAUUUGUUUUCCUUUAAGUUGUAAAAUAUUAAACACUUUGAAGUUUAUUUUGGAUUUUUGUAUGUUUAAAUGUUAAGUCUUACCAAAAUUUGCACGAAUGGACCAUUUUCAAUUGCUACUUAAUAUCAAAAUCAGGAAUUUACAGUCAACUGUUAGUGUGCGAUAGGUGAAUAUAGAACAGUUUAGUUAUCUGGUACUAAAAGCUUUUUAGAUAAUUUUUAAAAGACAAAGGAAUUCCAUAGUUUGGGGAGGGGCAACAUCUUCUGCACUUUGUUUUUUGCACAGAAAAUUCUGUCAUUUUCUAAUGGCAAAUUUCAUAUUAGUUAAUUCUUGGCAUAAAAGAUAAUAGGUAAAAUUCUUAGUAUGCAUUUUUAAAGGACAUUUCCUAAAACUAUUAAUACCAUUAAUUGAUAUUAUUGCCCCAUGAAUUUUUGUUUUUCAUGUUCUUUAAUUAAUAUAAGGUACUAUAUGAAAUUAUUUAGAGAGCUAAAUUUAUUUUUAAAAUAAAUUAGCUAGGGUUAAGGUUAUAUACUAUUUCCAGCUUAAAAGGUCAAUACUAUAAUGGUGUAGAACUUUAAAAAAUCACUAGGUUAUCAUUUAGUUAUUUUCAUAUUUUACCCGAUGGCACUCACAUAUCCAAAAAAUUUUUGUACUUCACCAAAUGUAAUUUCUUUACUAAAUUGCGUAUGAUCUAAAUGUAUAUUUUUUAUUUUCCAUUGAAAAGUUAAAAGUUCCAUUUAACUUUUCAAUAUAGUUAAAUUUUAUUAUAUUAACUUGGUGAUUUAAUUUGUUGAUUCUUGGAAUCUUCUUGAGGAGGAACAAAUAUUAAAAUGACAUGCAGAAAGAAAUAUUUAAAAAUUGACUUACCCCCCCAAUGUCAUUUAUUUAGAUCUAGAGAAAGAAAAUUCACAGACUAGUUUUAGUUGUGAAUUAGUGUGUCACAGCUUAGCUAUUUGGGAGACAAACCCAAGCACCUAUAAUUUCAUUUAUUUUUCUAAUUCACUCAGAACCUUUCAGUUUAUAUUACUUAGUUAAGUGAUGAGCUUAAGUUUCAACCCCAAACUUAUAAGUUGCUUAAUCUUUGGAAUAUGUUACUUUAAAAUUCUAUGUGGUGCUUAAACACCAUUAAAUUAUUAUAAAAUCAUAAUUCAGAAUUGAGUGAAGAAAUAUUUUUUGUAGUCCUUACAUAGUGAAAAUUUGCCACAUUGUACAGUCUUCGUUUUCCAGAAGAUACUUUGAUGUGCCAUAGGUUUCUGUCUAACUUCUUUGAGCAUAGUAUUUUUUAGUCAGUUGUAAAUACUAUACCUAUUAUUGUUAAAAGUAACUUUAAACUGCACCACAUAGCUUGAAAACAAUAUAGAGAUUUUGUAAUAUCUUAAAAGUGGCCUCUACUAAAAUAUCCACGUAACACUUAAUUCUUCUGUUCGUUGCAUGCUCAUUUGGUAUGUUGGUUGCUAGCUUAAAGUUUGAUUUGGUGUUAGUUUUUGCGUGCCAAAUUCACUAGGCAAGAAGAUUUUCCCUCGGACUUCAUAAUAUGGUACUUUUAAGGGAAAAUAUAAAAAUGUUUACUCUCAAAAGCUGCAUAAAGGAACAGCCUAUAAAAAGUUUUGCUAGAGCAUCUUUAGAAGGAAGAAGGAUAGAGAGUAUUAGCUAGCUUGGGUGACGGAUGGUAAUUGUUUCUAUAGUCUAAAUUUUAUGAAAAAAAUGAAUUAAAGUUAUAAAGUUAGUAAGUGUAAAACCUCCUGCUGUCAUUAAGGAAGCUCUUAAACUACCCUAAAAUUUUCAAAUGCUACUUGUAACACAAUGAAAAUAUUUGACCAACAAUUUAAUUUUGGCUUAUACUUUAGUUUUUGUAAAGCAUAUACUUGGGCUUGAAUUUUUGUGUUCAUGGGAGUUAGGGUGUUUUAUGCUUCUUGAACUAAUUUUAUAACAUAUUUAAUAUAUUACCAGUUAAAAUAUAAAGUCAUCUGUACAUGUUGAAUUAUAAAGCAGUUACUGAAGUAGGUGAAAUAGAUCGAGUGCUAUGAUAUUUGCAGGUUUUCCAUAUCUUUUAGAAGUCAUGACAAAGCAACCAGUUUAUUUGCACAUUUGUAGCUUCUGUUUGAAAGAAAGUAAAAUGAUAAGAAAACUCUAGUAGUGUAAAAUAUGUCAAAGUAUUUCCCUAGAAUUAAUUUCAAAGGUGGUGCUGAUGGAUUUUGAUCAGCUUCUAGAAAUUUCUUCUCAAUGCUAAGACUUAUGUUUUGAUUACUUAGGGAAGAAUUGUAAUUUUCAUUUGCCCUUUAUGCAUUUAAUAAGACAUCACAAAUUAGUAUAAUGAAAAAUUGUGCUCAUACUGUACAUCUAUUUCUGUGCUUGGAACUACUUGUUAAUAGUUUUUAUUGAAGCUGUCAGCAAUAAGGGACAUAUAACUGCUGUAUUAUACAUUGUGGAAUUGAAUAAUUUAAACAGAGCUUAAAAUUUUUUCUAGUCUAGGAUACUUAAGCAUUUCCAUUAUUGGAAGAAAAGCAUAUGGGUAUUUUAUAUUGCAUCUUGUUUAAAAGGACAGGCUUUUUUUUUUUGAUAAAAUCUUUUCAUUUAAAUGGUUUCUAAAUAUAUAAUGUUAUUUGGAGCUUAUUUAGUAAUAGAAUUAAAUAUCUUAUGUAGUACUGCAGUUUUUGAAUUAGAAAGUGAUAUAAAAACAAAUUGAAAAAUUAAGCCCAGAAAACAAGUGGAUUAAAUUAGUUUAAUAUAAAAGAAGUUUAUAAGAUUUUUUUCUUCAAUAUAGAUACCUCACUUGAAAAUAAAGAAAGCACAGCAUACUUAACAUAGUUCUAGUAAAAAUGUCCUACUAAAACAUUUGCUAAAUGUAGGACAUCUUUUGGAGAAUUAGAGUUUGUGAGAAAUAAAACAUACUUGCUUUUGACCAUCCUGUUAGAAGUAUUUGUUUAUCCUGAUAAUUUUAGGCCAACAUAGUAGUCCUUAAAUUAUUUCUGAAUUUCUAAUCUGUGAAGCCAGUAAAUGAAAUAUCUAUUCUGCAACUGUUAAAACAAAUUGUUGACUACAUUGACCAUAAUACAGUUUAAAGUUUUGCCAAUGAUGUAUAGUUUUAUGGUUAAAAUUGCUGUGGUUGGUUGCAUUACAUGACACACAAAACUGUCCUCUACCUCACGUGAAAUAAAUAUUUUAUAUGGUUUUACUAAAAAAUAAGACUCAUCUAUCUGGUCACUUAGUUUACAAAUUUUGAAUUAUAUUUAUUGAAACAUGACAUACUGUGCUCUUAGCUUAUACCUCAAUUGUAUUUUGUGCUGUUUUCCAUUUUCAUGCCAUGUAAAUAACUUGUAUAGAUUGAUAGAUUGUGGAUCAAAUUCCAAAUAAAAACUUUUAAUGCCAAU